UCGGACUGGACUACAAUGACACCAAAAACCCCACAAGGGGUCCAAGCACAGGGCAGGAAUGUGUCACAAGAAGUAAGAGAGACUACAGUGACACAGGGACAGGCUGAAGGAAAUACAAGGAGCAGCACAAACAGCAGCUUUCCAUCUGGGUAGCAUGCGGGAAAUAAACGCUAUGAUCAAAAAGAGCACCAGGCCACGGAAGGCAUACAGUAUAUAUACACUGACAAUGAGGGUAGAUCAGAAACAGGUGUGGGUAAUUAACAAUCAAGCCAACAGCAGGGACCAGCCAGGUGAUAUGAGGAAGGUGAAACAAGACAUAACAAAAACCGUGGAGAGAACCAGGAACCAAGGCAUAAAUACAAAAGGCAACACGGAAAUAUAAAAACAAAUAUAUAUAUAUAAAUCCCCGGGGAGAUGAAUAACUAAAAUAACCAACACCGACAGAGAUGGACUGAUUACAGCUGCCCUCUUAGCCCAUUUAGGCAGGCCUGGGGAAUAGAGGAACACAAAAGGGCCCUAGACCUACAGGAACACAAUGAAGAGGGCAGGAUGGCCAGUGACACCUGCUGGCCAAACGGGGAGACGACUAGAGAAGGCAGGGGCAGAUGCUGACACUGCAGCCAGGAAGGAGCCCGAGCGUAUCGUAUUAUGUCAGACCCCGAGCAGCAGGUGCUUUUCCCGGAGCUGAUAAAGAAGAAACGGGACGGUGAUCAUCUUACUGAAAAGGAGAUCCGAGAUUUCGUCAAUGCCGUCAGACGCCAAACCAUACAGGAAAGCCAAAUAGGGGCUAUGCUCAUGGCCGUAUGGUACCGGGGAAUGGACGCCGAGGAAACGCAUAUCCUCACCCGAGAGAUGAUGCUCUCUGGCGACGUCCUGCGCUGGCCGCAGGAGUGGGCAGGCCUGGUGGUGGACAAGCACUCCACGGGCGGGGUGGGGGACAAGGUCAGCCUUCCCCUAGCACCAGCUCUGGCUGCCUGCGGCUGCAAGGUGCCGAUGAUCAGCGGGCGGGGCCUUGCGCAUACUGGAGGGACACUGGACAAACUAGAGUCCAUCCCUGGCUUCAAUGUCCACCAGUCUGCAGAGCAGCUGAGACGCAUCAUGGAGGAAGUGGGCUGCUGCAUUGUGGGCCAGACGGAGAGCCUGGUGCCGACGGACAAGGUCCUGUAUGCUCUGCGAGACAUCACUUCCACCGUGGACAGCCUGCCGCUCAUCACUAGCUCUAUCAUGUCCAAGAAAGGGGCGGAAAGUCUGUCUGCGCUGAUGCUGGACGUGAAGUACGGGAAGGCAGCUCUGUCCCAGGACAUUGAAAGUGCCAGAGCCUUGGCCCAGUCCCUGGUGACCACGGGAAGCAGGUUAGGGAUGUGUGUGGGCGCUGUGCUGAGCAGGAUGGACAGCCCGAUCGGACGCUACGUGGGGAACGCUCUGGAAGUUAUCGAGGCCAUUGAAUGCCUGAAGGGGCAGGGGCCCUCAGACCUGAUCGAGCUGGUCAUCUGCCUGGGGGGCUGUUUGCUGAAAAUGGUCAGGAUGGUGGACACCCUGGCCAGUGGGAAGCAGGCGAUCAGCAGGGCCUUGGAGAGCGGAGAAGCCCUAAACAGGUUCCGGGCCAUGCUGCAGGCCCAGGGGACAUCUGCAGAGGUGGCUGAAUCCCUGUGCUCCAAAGAUUCAGACUAUUUCAGUGUCCUAAGGAGAGCUGAGUUCAGCACUGUACUGGAGGUGCAGGAAGGAGGUACCGUUCUGGAGGUGGACGCCAUGGCACUGGCUCAGGUCCUAUAUAAGCUGGGGACGGGACGUGCACAGGCUGGAGACCCCAUCAAUCACAGCGUGGGGGCGGAGUUACUUGUGCGGCUGGGUCAGCGAGUGGACAGAGGAGACCCCUGGGUCAGGAUCCACUAUGAAACACCAGCCCUCACGUCGGAGCUAGAAACCAUCCUGCAGGGGGCGAUAGUCAUCGGGAAGGAAGGCGAUCUCAACAGGACGUCCCUGCUGACCGAGUUCAUCCCACCUGAUCUAGAGAAUUAGAAGAAUACCCGUAACAGAGGAGGAUAAGAACGUAUGAGCAGGGUGUGAUCGUGAAGGCGUAACCCUGCCGGCAGCCGGGAAGGGCAAGUGACACUGACACUGUAACGAGCCUUAAUGCUCAAUCCCCUUAGCAAGAUAUGUAAUCAUAAUUUCAAGAAAAUCAUAAAACAGCACUUGUGCUACUGCUGUAACACUUUCUGUAUUGGUGUCUAAUUCUAGUGAUCAUGUGCAGUAAUUUAAUAACUUAAAAAUCGUUUAAGAUUCUUUCUAUAAACAUGUUUACCGCCUCCAUGGCUAAGCUUAGGCUCCAUCACUGCAGAAAAUGGGUGUGUUUAGAAUGUGUAAUUAUUUUACUGUGAUUGUACUUUGUGUAAUGGAAGUAAACUGGUUAAAUUAAAACGAUCUGAGUAUGGUAUUGGGGCAGCAAUUGGGAGAUUAGUUAAGGUAAAUUGAUAACAGCACAAAUAUUAUUGUAUUUAAACAAGUGUGUUUUAUUUCUGAUUAAUAUUGUAAAACACAAUGUCUCUGAUAUGUAAUGUACUGCCACCUACUGGCAGCAAUAAUUACUGUAAUGAACGCAUGUAUUGUGCGUUUCGGGUUUCCGCGGUUGUGUGGCUGACGUCAAUAAAAAAGCGCAAGCAAGAUGGCUGACUGCUAA